UCAUUCAUUCGGUGAGAGCUUUAAAGGAGAUGCGGUUCGGUCUUAAAUCUUGUGAUCUUUGUUUUUGUUCAAAAAUUGUGUGGGCCACUCGAUUUUGUUUUUGGUAUUUCAUAAUUCGAAAAAUCACAACGAUUUUCACUUAAUUUUUUUAGUGUAUUUUCCGUGGUGUUAGAACUAUGUUAGUGAUUAUUUUGGCUAUAAGUUUGGCAUUUUUGAAUGUUGCAACAACAACAGCAGCAACCCGGUUGCCUGAAGAUAUUAGUGAGCAAAGUGGUGAUUUCGAUUCUGGUCUUAAUCCAUUGCUCAAUGUUGAAAUACCGGAUUUAAGUGAAAAAUCGAAUGAAGACGAUGUUACAAGAGCCUUUUCAAAUCAACAACAACGCCAACGAAGCAAACAGCAACAAAAAACGGCCAACGGUGCACAGCGCCCACUGACAAAAGCCAAACAACGAAAAGCUGAUCUAAACGAUGAUGUUAACGAUUUCAUCGAACUAGUUCCAAAGGCGGAAAUCAAAGCGAAAAUUGAGGAAUAUUAUCGCAAUGACAUGGAUGUACAACAUGUGUUCGAAUGGAUGCAUGGUAAAGAGUUCCUCGAACUGCGUAAAAACAUACUCGAAUUGGCUGACGUAAAGGAAACACUUCAGUAUUUGAAUAAAAAUGGUUUGAAUGUGAAGAGCUUGAUUCGAAAACUAGACCAUAGAUUGGGCGUAUCGAAAAUCCGCUCCGCACAAUUAGCUUAUAGCACGCAAACACAAUUUGGUACAAACACCACGAUUGGUGGACUAAACGGUUUAGUAGAAGAUGUUCUUGCCUUGUUACCUCAAGACGAAAUAUUCAUGCUAUUUUUCGAGAAAUUGGAUAGUAGCCCGAAAUUUGCCACAUUCGUACAAAGUAUUGGCGAUCCCAGCUUUCAUCGUAAAUACACAACGCUUUGGAAAUCAAAGGACUUGCACUCAGCCAGUGCUCAGUUAAAAAAGCACAAAAUCGACGUUGUAAAAAUUAUUCAAAUAAUUCAGGGUUUCUUCAUCUUUGGAACAUUUUAAGCUUAAGUACUGAAUGGAACUUUACAAAAUCUAAUAAAAAUGGAACGAACAUUACACACUCCCUUGUGGU